AUGAGAGAAUUUAACACACAGCAACAACAUCUUAACAUUCAAGUCGAGCCAGGCCGGGCCAGGCAUAACUUUAUCGGCUACUUACAAGCGAAAUUAUUUAUUAAAUCCAACUGUAAAUUUAUGAGAAAAGUAAUUAAGAAGACUCUGGAGAGAAAUUCUCAUCAUAAUUUAUGUCAAUGCAAAGUUUAUGAAAUUCUGAAAUUGUUAAAUUUAUAA